UCUCCCUCUUGGUCUCUCUUUCAAUUGGCGCCACACCCACACAACACACCGGACACAACCCUUUCCUCCACCAUCAAACUCUCUCUUUCUCUCUUUCUAUCUCCUUCUCUCUCUCUAAAUUUGGCAGUUUCUCAAACUUCCAAUCUCAAUCUUCCAUAUUUCCAUUAGUUUUUCUUUAUAUUCGUUUAUCUUUCAUAAGUUUUCUGUUAUUUUUGCGUAUCCGCUAAUCUGUUGAGUUUUCAUUCGUCUGUUUUUGUUUUGUCUCGCCCACAAUCCGAUCUUCGUUAACUUCUUGUUGGUUUUUUUUUUUUUUUUUCUGUUUCCUCCUUGGCUGGUUUGAUCUUGUUCAGGGUUUGUACUUUUUCCUUCUGGUGCAGCUUUAACUACCUUAACCCUAAUUUGUAUUGCCUUAACUACUGAUACGGAGCUUGGUUUCUUGGAAUUCAGUGAUUUUUUUUUUUUGGAAGAAACUCUGUGAAAUUUUUGGUGGGUUGUUUUUAGUUUUCCACUAUAAAUCGAGGGUUUUCUUGCAAACAUAAUUAGUUUGGGUCUUUGGGUAAUCUUUCUUUGGAAUUCUGAGAAGAAAAAGAUAUAUUUUCAUCUGGGGUUGUUGUGUAUUUGGAGAAGAAGGUGUUGGUGUAUAAGAUUUUCGGUGCUGGGAGAGAAUGGAGUUGAAUUUUGGUGGCGAGGGAAAGGGUAUGUUUUCAUCGGUGAAUUUUAUCAAUGGGUAUUUUGUGGAUGGAUUUGGGGAUAAGAGUCUUGAUGGUUUUGGCAAUCUUUUGAACAUGGACUGCGAAUCGGACAAUCCCCAGGAUCGCAGGAUGGGGAAGAGUGAGAAAGAAGGCUCUUGCGAGGCAGUGUCUGAUGAUAUUGUUGAUCGUUUACCGGCGGAUCCAUUUAAUAUGGAUAUAAGGACUACUUUUACUGCAUUCAAGGGUUGGGUUGGCGAUUUUGAGAAGGAUUCAAUUGGAUUUGGUGUGGGUGAAAUGGAGGCUAUGGAGGCUGAGGGAGAGGAUCGUGGAUUGUAUGCCAAUCUAAAUUUGGUUUGGAGCGGUGCAAUGAGAUUUCAACCAGAAUUUAGUAAUGCUGAGAAAUCGGUUCCUUGUAAUGAGUUUGAUGGAUUACUGAUGGACAAAGAUUUAUGUGAUGGUGGGUUCAGUGAAUUUCUGAGUUUUAGCCGCCAUGGAAAUCGGAUCAACGGCAACCAAGAAAAGGAAUUUCAGGCAUGUACCAAAGUUCAUCCUGAUGAUGAGACUGGUGAACCCCAUGAUGCUUUGUUUUUUUCCCUGGCUUAUCUGGGUGUGCAGGAUCUCCUUGUGGUUGAAAGAGUUUGCAGGUCCCUCUGCAAUGUUGUUAGAAGCGACCCUCUUUUAUGGAGGAAUAUUUGUAUAGACCAGCCAUUGAGUGACAAGAUCACUGAUGAUGCUCUGUUACAGUUAACUGGCAGGGCUCAAGGCAGUCUUCAAGGCUUGAGCCUGGUACAGUGUCCAAGGAUCACAGAUAGUGGUCUGAAGCGGGUGCUUGAGAACAAUCCCAGGCUGACAAAGCUAUGCGUGCCAGGAUGUGUGAGGCUCAGUGUUGACUGCAUCUUGUUAAACUUAAAGGCCUUCAAAUCUGCAGGUACUCUGGGAAUAAAGCACUUGAGAAUUAGUGGGCUCAAUGGUGUAACAGAUCAACACUUCGAAGAAUUGAAGUUAUUGUUAGGUGUAGAUAACCAUAAGCAGCUCAGAACCCACAAACCACGGUUUUAUCAUGGAGAGCAGUUGUAUCUUUCAUGUGAUGAUGAUCGUGCCAUUGACAUCGAGGUUUGCCCUAGAUGCCAGAAAGUGAGAUUAGUAUAUGAUUGCCCAUCAGAGAGUUGCCAAGGGAAACAUCAAUCUGCUCAGUUGUGCAGAGCUUGCACUCUGUGCAUAGCACGCUGUUUUCAUUGCGGGCGCUGUAUUAAUGACUGUGACUAUGAGGAGACUUUCUGCCUGGACUUGCUUUGUUUAGAUUGUUUCAAGCAGCUACUGAAUUGCCAAGAGAGACAGGAAGAAAUGGGUGCUCCCUCCUCUAAGCACACCAUUUUUCAUCAAGAGACAAGGUAUCGUUUUUGCCUGUAUGGCUAGUAGAGAUUAAUGUUCCAUAAGCCUUAUUGCUUGUGGAUUAUGUACAAUAGUGUGCAUUAUUAACCAUCUGGAUAUUUUAUACAAAUAUGGAAGUCAUCUGUUGAUUACGCUCUUGGAUGCCAAGAAAUCCUGCUUUACUGUGAAGAAUUUGCACUGCAGAGCUGUAACUUCCAUCUGAGACUGUUAGUCCUGCUUGGUUGAUGUAUUUGAUGAACUCAGCUUCAAUGGGUAUUUGAUGUAUAAACAUUUUUCAGGACAAGGUAAUCCUAUGGUACUUUGGCUUCUGUAAUGGGAAGUUGCAUUUAGUAGAGCCAGAGGACAAUGGAGUUGUUUGAAUGUGUUUUUGGCUACGAAGUGAUGAUUGUUGCUGUUGGUGAAGUGGUGGUCAUUCCUAUCAAUGUUGGUGAAGGUAAUGGCUGUUGCUAUCAGUGUUGGUGAAGUGACUGAUUUCACUAUUAAAGUGGGGAAUAACUUGUUUCUUCACAUGAAGAAGAGAGAAGCCAUAAUGUCAAGAGAGCCAAGCAAAGCUGGAAGAUCAUUUCAGGGCAUCUGUUCGCUCUGCCAACUUUGCAAAUUAUGGCGAAGACAGCUGUUUAACAAUAACCCCAGAUACCCUAUACUCUGCUUUGAUCUAUUUUUUCAUCUUUCAAAUAAUAAUCUGUUUUUUGGCCUCAAAGCUGCAUAGUUGCCUGGAUGUCCAGCAAGCGCACCCAAGGCACCUCUCAUCUGUGUAUGUUCUAACUUGGGGGCAUCAAUAUGUCAUGAAGCCACUACUGCUAUUAACUGUGCUAUGUUUUAACCUUGUUGGUAUCUUUUUAUUCGUAAUUAGUAAAUGUCAACUCCAUUCUGUACUUGAUGAUCAAUAAAUAUAAGUAUCCCAUUUCUCCUA